UUUGUUUUGGUUUAUGCAGACUGCGUUUUUGUCACGGGGGCCAAGGUCCAUCCCGGUACUUUAGCUUCGAACCCCACUGUCCACGUCUUUGACCCAGCGCCAGGCCCACCAUCAAUCCCUCCUCCGACUUUUGCAUCUCCCCACCCCCUUUUCCAGGGCCGCCACCUGCUUUUAGCACCGUUAUCGCACGGUUGAAGCUGGCCUGCUAGUUAGCAAAUAAGCUAACGACUGCCAGAUUUCACCCAUGUCCUCUGAGGAAGGGUUGAUCUCCACGAUCGCGGAUUGGCUUUUCAUAAAUUCCUGGUGGCUCCUUCUGCCGUUCAUCAUGCUUCUGGUGGUCGCUGCCUUCAUUGUUGCCUUUGUGUUGCUGUUAUACAUGAUAUCGCCUCUCAUCAGCCCCAAACCCCUGAAACUGAACGGGGCCCACGUCGUGGUGACAGGAGGCUCAAGUGGGAUUGGGAAAUGCAUUGCAAUGGAGUGUUACAGGCAAGGAGCAUUCAUCACGUUGGUGGCACGAGAUGAGGCUAAAUUACUUCAAGCAAAGAAAGAGGUGGAGAAAUUUGCCAUCAAUGACAAGCAGGUGGUGCUCUGCAUAUCGGUGGAUGUCUCCAGUGAUUAUAAUCAAGUGGAAAGUGUGAUAAAACAGGCUCAAGAGAAGCUGGGACCUGUUGAUAUGCUCGUGAACUGUGCUGGAACGUCCAUUUCUGGCAAGUUUGACGAAAUGGAGGUGGACCGCUUUAAAAAACUGAUGGAGGUGAACUACCUGGGCAGCGUUUACCCGACACGGGCUGUCAUCACCACCAUGAAGGAACGAAGAAUGGGCCGCAUCAUGUUUGUGUCCUCCCAGGCAGGUCAGAUCGGCCUGUUUGGAUAUACAGCUUACUCCCCAUCCAAGUUUGCCCUGCGUGGCUUAGCAGAGUCGCUUCAGAUGGAGAUAAAGCCCUACAAUAUCUAUGUGACUGUGGCAUACCCACCUGACACUGACACUCCAGGACUGACUGAGGAAAAUAAGACAAAGCCUCUAGAGACCAAAUUAAUCUCUGAGACGUCCGGCGUGUGUCAACCAGACCAAGUAGCCAAAAUUAUUGUGCGAGAUGCAGUGCAGGGGAAUUUCAACAGCUCAGUCGGACCUGAUGGUUACAUGCUGUCAGCCCUCACUUGUGGGAUGUCACCCGUCACCUCGAUCACAGAAGGUCUCCAGCAGAUCGUUACGAUGGGAUUAUUCAGGACCAUCGCCCUCUUCUACCUGGGGAGUUUCGAUAGCAUUGUGCGCCGCUGCAUGAUUCAGAGGGAGCAGUUAAAAGCAGCCGACAAGAGGGAGUAGCGGCAGCCUUACCUUCGUCAAAAGCCCAGUUCCCAUCCUCCUCCUGGUUCUCCUCCACAGCCCCUGUCCCUUCCCUUCAUCCAGCUGUACAAGUGCACAACCGUAGGUGGGAAAUAGGCCAAGCUUUGAGUGCAUACCUGAUGGGAUGAAAGAAAAUGGUAGAUGAUUACUCUUUGCUUGCCCUCUGUAGACUUCACAGCCAUUUCAAAUUGUCUUCUCAGAGCAUUCCAGUGACUUUUCAGUUUUUGUGUCCACCUGCUUCUUUUGUCGGAGCAGCCUUACAUCUUGUGGAAUGAGGGCAGACUAAACAUCCCACAGCCUGUUCUUUGAAGUAGGUAGACUUUGUGACCAACCUAAAUAUUUGAUAUCAGGCCACCCUGCCUCGUCUCGCACAGUGUUAAUCUUCCCCUCGCCGAGAGGAAAAGCAGCAGCAGCAGCAGCAGCAGCAGCAGCAGCAGCGUCUCACCAUUUGUGCCAAAUAUGGCUUGAAAAUCCCUCCCACCACGGGUUAUAGUGGAAAUCAGAAUGGUAACAUUCACCUUUUGCCAUAAUUGUUGCAUGUUAUUACAAACUGGAAGAAUUGUUUCUGUCUUUACUAGAAUCUCUCUCUCUCCUUCUUGACCCUCAUUCUUUUUUGUACCGCAAGUCUUUGCAGGCGAAGCACCUUCCUUUUCCACUGAAUAACCUCUGUGUUUGAAACCAGUUAUGACCCGUAGCGUUUUGUGUCUGCUGUGGGGUGUUUUGCUUUUGUGCUCUGCAUCUGAACCAAACCGUACUCUUCACUGAUAUCAGAGAGCAAGAGGGGAUGUGAUGUUGCUUUCUUUUUUUUUUUAAAUCAAUGCAAAAAUAUACAGUACUCUCCAAAAGAAAAAAAUAUUUUCAAGAAUUUUACACAGUUUUGGGUGAAUAAUUUGCGUGAUGGUGUGUGUUUAUUUGCUGUGACUGAGCCACCGCCCCCCCACCCCAGGGAGAGAAAAGCCAUUAAAUUUUAUUGUCUCGGGAA